AUGGGCAGAAUCGAACUAGUCACACAGCCUUCGAAAGAGAACCUCAACGAGGAAGCACUCAGGGAGGCCACUUUGAACAAACUACAUAAGUUGGUCAAUGAGAAUCGAGAUGACGACGACAAGGAAGCCACCAAGAAAGAAAAGGAAGGCCAAGUCCACGGCCGCAAGUCGGAAUCUCCAGUUUCCUCUCCAUCACGAACUCCAUCGCCCGAAGUCGACUACGACGGUUUUGAGGUUCCUUCGGGAAAGAUCCCCAUUGACGGUAACUUUUCCACCAGUGAAGUCAAGGAGCUCAUAGAAUUGGCCAGAGAGGACGGCGCUUUGGGCGCAGAUAUUGACGUCAAGGUUUUGGAGCGCAAUGCCUUGGGUAACAGGGUCGUGGUGAGUGAGAAGGAGCAGCAGGAGAGAGAAAGGAAGGAGAAAGAGGGCGCCGAGGGUAAUGAAUCCCUGGAUACCCAGGACGGUGAGUCCGAGAAGGAUGACUCCAAGAAGGAUGAUUCCAAGAAGGAUGACCCCAAGAAGGAUGAAUCUAGCGAAGAGAAGGGGCCCAAGGACCAGACAGAACAGGAGAGCUGA